CUGCCGAACAUAUGAACCCUAUCAACUAACCCAGCUGGGAAAAACACCAAAAAGGGCGGAACAUAAUAAAUCUCCAUCAUCACUUCACCAGCAGCGACGCUGCCUAAAAACAGAAAGACAGAGCAAGUGGAGGGGGGUUUCCACUUUCCAGAUGAAGAUCCUUCACAUCCCAUGCUUAGAAGAUAAUUACUCCUACCUGGUAAUUAAUGAGAAAACGAAAGAGGCAGCAGCAGUGGACCCAGCUGAACCCCAUAAAGUUUUCCGAGCUGCCCAGGAGAAUGGUGUUCACCUUAAGCUCGUCCUCACUACUCACCACCACUGGGAUCACGCUGGCGGAAAUGACAAGAUAAAGCAGAUAGUUCCUGCAAUCAAAGUUUAUGGUGGUUCGGUUGAUAACGUGAGGGGGUGUACCAAUAAGGUCGAAAAUGGUGACAGAAUUCCCCUAGGGGAUGAAAUCAGUAUAUUGUGCCUUCACACGCCCUGCCAUACACAAGGUCAUAUAAGUUACUACGUGACUGGUAAAGAUGGAGAGGAUCCUGCGGUCUUCACUGGGGACACAUUGUUUAUUGCUGGUUGUGGUAAGUUUUUUGAAGGCACUGCAGAACAGAUGUAUCAGUCCCUAUGUGUGACAUUAGGUUCACUACCAAAGCCAACUCGAGUUUUCUGUGGACAUGAGUAUACCGAAAAGAACUUUCAGUUUGCUAUAACGGUUGAACCUGAUAAUGAAAAAAUUAGACAAAAGUUAGCAUGGGCUCAGCAGCAGAGGAGGUCUGGCCUUCCAACUAUUCCAUCCACUAUUGGGGAGGAACUGGAGACAAAUCCAUUCAUGCGGGUUGAUCUUCCUGACGUUCAGAGGAAGGUUGGCUGCAAGUCCCCUGUGGAAGCCAUUCGAGAGAUCAGGCAACGGAAGGAUACUUGGAAGCCUACUGCAUAAAUAAGAUGUGCGGUGUAAUGUUGUUUCAGGUCUGUGGUGUGCCAUUGUGUAGUAACGAGAGACUGCAGUGGCUCAAAUGCAAAUUGAGUAGAUUUUGUGUAAUGUAAAUGCUAUUACGCUGUUAUUGGAUGUGCCAAAUUCGGUCACCGAUUUGCCAAA